AUGAAUUUUUACAAACGAAUCUAACGGAAAUUACGCCAAACCUAAAUAUAUCUCACACAUGGGCGGAUCAAAUAACUUGUCACCUAAGAAAAUAACUUUUUGAGAAAAAGGCCAAGGACCUGAAGCUUUUGGGCACCUGUAUGGGGUCCCACAGGUUUGCUCGUGACACCGUAAAAAGCAAAACACGAACUCGCCACGUUAUCUCAAAAGCUAUCCACGUCACACCGUCUCACUGUCAACACUUACUAUACUAUAUACUAUUUCCUCAUUUCACUUUCCUCUUUCGUUUUUUUUUUUUGUUUAUAUAAACCUACAAGCUUCCUCCUUAAUUUCUUUACCAACAGCAAACAUAUAAAGCGAAAGAAAAAAGAGAGAGAGAGAGAAAAAAAAAAGAAAAGAGAAAAAUGGAGGACGACAACAAUAAUAAUAACACAAGCAACACAAACGUGAUCGCACCUUUUGUUGUGAAAACGUACCAGAUGGUCAACGAUCCUUCUACCGAUUGGCUCAUCACUUGGGGACCUGCACACAACAGCUUCAUCGUCGUUGACCCUCUCGACUUCUCUCAACGGAUCUUGCCUGCUUAUUUCAAACACAACAAUUUUAGCAGCUUCGUUCGUCAGCUCAACACUUAUGGGUUUAGGAAAGUGGAUCCGGACAGGUGGGAGUUUGCAAACGAGCAUUUCUUGAGAGGCCAGAAGCACCUGCUCAAGAACAUAGCGCGUAGGAAACACGCGCGUGGGAUGAUGUACGGACAAGAUUUGGAGGACGGAGAGAUCGUGAGGGAGAUCGAACGGUUGAAAGAUGAGCAGAGGGAGCUGGAGAUGGAGAUUCAGAGGAUGAACCAGAGGAUCGAAGCGACGGAGAAGAGACCGGAGCAGAUGAUGGCGUUUCUCUACAAAGUCGUGGAGGAUCCGAACCUCCUCCCGAGGAUGAUGCUCGAGAAAGAGAGGACGAAGCAAUUAGUCUCGGAGAAGAAGAAGCGUCGCGUGACGGUGAAGUCAGAGGAAGGUGCAGAGGAGGAAGAAGAGGAAGAGAACGGGAGGGUUUUUGGUGUUGGUGUUGUUUCGCCGUCGCUUUCUCCGCCGGAGAAUCUUUACCGGACUCAGUCGCCGGAGAGUUCGAUGGGAUGGGUUGUUCCGUUGCAGAGGACGGGACAGUUUGGUAAUAGUUACAACGAGACGGGUCUUGUUUCGAACUCGAUGGUUUCUACUUCUUCGUCUUCGACACCAUCGUCGUUAACGUCGACGUUGUCGUUGCCGGAGAGCGUUAACGGAGGAGGAGGAGGAGGAUGUGGAAGUAUUCAUCAGGGAGAAACAAGGUUCAGUGAAACGGCGACGUUUGGAGGAGUGGUAGAGUCAAAUCCACAAACACCGCCUUAUCCGUUUUCUUUGUUUCGAGGUGGCUUUUAGGCUUUUAGCUAUAGCUCUCCACAUGAUAUAUGAUCUUUUGGUUCUUGUUAUUAUUUGUUUUUUGUUUUGUUUUUUUUGGGUUUUCUUAAUUAUUUAUGUAUAACAAAAGAAAGAAAAGAAAAAAAGGACAGGAUCGAUAGUUGUUAGUUACGUGAGUAUUAGGACAGGGAGACAGAGUCAGUGACUCAGUAUAGUCAUAUCGAUUUAUAGAAAGUUUGACAGUAUAUGGUUUCCGAUUAUAUUGUUAAAAAGUUC